CACUAACCGGUGCUGCAGCUACUACUGCUGCAUCUCUUUAUCUCUCUCAGUCUCUGUAUUGCACUCACAGCCUCUUCACGCCGACACGACCACCCUCAUCACCAUGUCCGUCAUCAACUCCCAAGUCACCGAGCUAUUCGGGAUCAAGCACCCGGUCAUCCUGGCAGGCAUGAACGUCGCCGCAGGCCCCAAGCUCGCCGCAGCAGUCACCAAUGCUGGUGGCCUCGGCGUCAUUGGCGGCGUGCGCGCAACGCCAAAGUACCUGCGCUCGCAGAUCCGCGCGCUCAAGGCCGGGCUCAACGACAAGAACGCGCCGUUCGGCGUCGACCUCCUCCUCCCCCAGAUUGGCGGCAGCGCGCGCAAGACCAACAAGGACUACACCAACGGCCAGCUCGACGAGCUCAUCGACGUCAUCAUCGAGGAGGGCACCAAGCUGUUCGUGUCGGCCGUCGGCGUGCCGCCAAAGCACGUCGUCGACAAGCUCCACAAGCACGGCAUCGUGGUGCAGAACAUGGUCGGCCACCCCAAGCACGUCCCCAAGGCGCUCGCGGUCGGCGUGGACAUCAUCUGUGCGCAAGGCGGCGAGGGCGGCGGCCACACGGGUGCGAUCCCCUUCUCGCUGCUGAUCCCCGCCUGCGUCGACCUGUGCAAGGGCAAGGUGUCGUCGUUGACCGGCAAGCCCAUCAUCGUCGUGGCCGCGGGCGGCAUCUUUGACGGCCGCGGGCUCGCCGCGUCGCUCAUGUACGGCGCCGAGGCUGUGUGGGUCGGCACACGUUUCGUCGCGUCCGAGGAGGCCGGUGCGCCGCCUACCCAGAAGAAGCUGCUCGUCGGCGCCAACUGGGGCGACACGGCCAAGACGCUCAUCUACUCUGGCCGCCCGAUGCGCGUCUACAACUCGGCCUACGUCAAGGAGUGGGAGGAGACGCGCCAGGCCGAGAUCGCAGACCUUACCUCCAAGGGCAUCAUUCCGCACGACCACGAGCUCGAGUCCAAGCCCCAGCGCAGUGUUGAGGGCAUGAAAUGGCUCAUGGGCGAUGUCGCUGCCCUCGUCAACGACGUGCAGCCAGCUCAGAAGAUCAUCGACGACAUGGUCAACAGCGCCAAGGUUCACCUGACCAAGGGCUACGGCGACAUCGUCACCAAGGCCAAGCUUUAGGCCGACUGUACGGGUUUGUAGGGCAUGCGAUUGUAUCGACAGCAA